AUGGGCCACACUUUGACCACUUUAUAUUCGUUCAGAUGCCCCCAGCUAGUUUAUCUUCCUGACUUCUUCUAUGAGAUCACUUUCACAUCCAUAAUAUUUGUCUACUCAAUAGUUAUCUGGAAAAGCUACUCGACCACUGCCAGAACAACCACCAAACGUAACAACUAUUUUGUUCCAUCAAGGUUGUCUCGAUUCAACAGCUUUAUCAGCCAGCUAUCGUCUGAUCAAAAUGUCCACUACCUCCUCCUUGCAAUCCUAAUCAAUGCUGCUGAUUUUGUCUCAUAUCUCCAGAUUUUGUAUUUAUUGCCCUUCAUGGUUUAUUCUCUCUUUCAUGUCACCAGCUACACAAAGGAUCACAUCUUGCCAAUCUUGCCAUACAUCAACGACAAAUCCUUGAAUAACUUGAUAUCAACCUUUGAUAAAUUAGUUGUUUUUUUCCAAUUAUCUCAGUUUAAUAUUGUAUCCAAUUUAGAAGUCAUUUUUCUUAUCAAUUUGCUAGUUUUUACGCUUCUGAUUUAUCUAAAUUUCUUAAAUUCAUUCAACUCAUUCAUUCCCUUCCCUCCGCCAAAUCUUAUCAAGAAAACCGAUAAUAAUAGCAGAAUUAUUUAUUAUCUGUAUAUAUCUGCUAUCUAUUGUUACUUUAUCAAACAUAACUAUAACAUUAAACCCUCAAUGAAAAAAGUUAUUAAAAAUUACGGUUUUCUUGAAACUCUCAUCAACCAUCUUUAA